AGCAUUUAAGCAUCCGGUACGGGGAAAUGGCGUAAAUUCAAGCAAAUCACAACUGAUUCUCACACUCAAUAAAUGCUAGCAAGUAGCAAUGAAAAUCAUUUGAAAUGAGAAAAGUUAUAAUUCUUAAUAAAUUAUCGUUGAUGGAAUGGGUGGGAAAAUCUCGAUACCAUUUCUGUGUCCAGCAGACCCAAAGAAAACCGAAGAAUCGAAGCAUGUAGCAGAAAAGAAGCCAGAGCCGGAAGAGGAGAAGGAGCCCUCUCCUCCACUGGAUGCGACGCCCGCUGUCGUCGAGGACACGUCUGUGGAAGCAAUAGCGAUCACAUCUACCACAGAGCAUGCUGAGCAUCCGGAACGUCACGAGCCUCCACAUCUUGUGAGCAGCAACAGCGUCCAGCCACGCAGCUCGUCGCCGCGGCCGAUCCGGUCGUCAGCUGGCGUCGGCUACUCGUCGGCCGCCGCGCCCCAGGGACUGGACAGUCGCCAGAAGAGGGGCAGCAUGCUGGCCCCCCUGAUCAGCAGCGGCGGCUCCGGCUCCGUCGUCUUGGAGGCCUCCUCUCGGGGUGGCAUGGCGCCGCCGCCGCGAACAAAGUCGCCGGUAGCGCAACAGUGAGCCCGCCCGGCACUCGACGGCUUCGUGGGACGUCCGCCACCAGUUGAGCGUUUUAUAAUCGAUGCCUGUUUAGAACCGUUGCUAAAGACAAGGUCAUUUUAUUACCUUGUAUACAAGACAUGGUUUGUCUGACCCGCGCUGGACUUACGUAGGUAAGCCACUUCAAGGAAUCGCAGAGAGGAAGUUCUAUUCUGCGUGGUCGAUUUUUCAUCAGUUACGAACUAAUAGACCGUAAAAUGUUUUUUUUUUUAACCUUGUUCGUGAUUUUCUUUACAUGACGAAAUGCCAACGGAUUCAAUCUGUCACUCUUGAUGUUCUCAUUCGGUUUUUUAUGAUUUAUGCCUUCGUUUGUGUACUUACUGGCUACUUUGCCAAAGUUAUUGCAUUAAUUAUACCGCAACAUUUUUCCAUGUAAAAAGCCGAUGUGAUGUAGGUAAACUAACCUAACUUGUGCCUAAAAGUGCAAAAAUAAACGUUUUAGAGAACCAUAUUUCAGACCGAUGUCUUUCAAUUGAAUAAUCCUCGCAGCUUCUACUAAAACCCGCCGCAUCCGGUCCCCUUUGUCCCCCUGUCGUCUGAGCGCCCUGCCGCCGGCCGCCGAACGGUGCGGUCCUUCCGCCGCCGCCGCCGGCACCUUCACUGCCGCCCGUCGCGACCGACGCGGCCGGCAGCGUCGCGGCCGUCGUCGGCGUCGGCGCCUCAGCUGGGCGAUCGAUCGUGGCCGGCCGGCGCGCCUAUUGAUUCGGCUGCCGGCAGCAGUGGGUGCGCGGCACGAGAGAGCGAGCGAGCGCGAGCGGCGGCCUGCGAGCGAGUCGGCGCGCCGCCACCGUCAUGUCGUGACCGCGAUGUCCAGACCGAGCUCGCAGGCUGACUACGACCCGGAGGAGAGCAGCCUGUUCCGCGGACCGAUCCAGACACGACUUCGAGGCGUUCGUCACCGCAGGAAGCAACACAACCGCUCCGAUGGCAGCGUAUCCGACAGCUCCAACAGCUUCAUCAGACAGGGGUCGGCCGACUCCAACUACUCCCAGCCGUCGUCGGAGCUGUCACUGGACGAGGAGCGAGAGACGAACCGGCGCGAGACGGAGCGUCAGGCGCUGGCGCAGCUCGAGAAGGCACGGACGAAGCCGGUUGCGUUUGCUGUAAGGACCAACAUCGCCUACGAUGGCAGCCUGGACGACGACUCGCCCGUCCACGGCUCCGCCAUCUCCUUCGACAUCAAGGACUUCCUCCACAUCAAGGAGAAGUACAACAACAGCUGGUGGAUCGGUCGGCUGGUGAAGGAGGGCGCCGAGGUCGGCUUCAUCCCCUCCCCGGCCAAGCUGGAGACGCUGCGACUGCUGCAAGCGGGCAGCACGCGCAGCCGACCGCCGCCGGCCGGCACCGCCGCCGACAUCCUCUCCACCAGUCUGGACGCUGACCAGAAUGGCAUGGAGACCAACAUGGGCGAGGACUCUGACUCAGUGGGGAAGGGGAAGCCGGCGCUCACCACGCCUCCGGCCAGGGAGAAGCGGAAACCCUUCUUCAAGAAACAGGAGAACCCUCCUCCCUACGACGUAGUGCCUUCGAUGCGGCCGCUGGUGCUGGUCGGACCCAGCCUCAAGGGGUACGAGGUGACCGACAUGAUGCAGAAGGCCGUCUUCGACUUCCUCAAGAACAAGUUCGAGGGCAGGAUCAUCAUCACGCGGGUGACUGCCGACAUCUCGAUGGCCAAGCGGAACCUGCUCAACAACCCGUCGAAGCGCGCCAUCCUGGACCGGGCGGGGCCGCGGUCGGCCUGUGUCAGCGAGGUGUCAGCAGAAAUCGAGAGGAUCUUCGAGUACGCCCGGACACUCCAGCUGGUGGUUUUAGACUGUGAUACAAUCAACCACCCGUCGCAACUGGCCAAAACCUCGCUGGCGCCAAUUCUGUGCCACAUCAAAAUAUCGUCACCAAAGGUUCUUCAGCGGCUGAUCAAAUCCCGCGGCAAGUCGCAGUCCAAGAACCUGACGGUGCAGAUGGCGGCCGCGGAGAAGCUGGACCAGUGUCCUGCCGACAUGUUUGACAUCGUGCUGGACGAGAAUCAGCUGGAGGACGCGUGCUGUCACCUGGGCGAGUUUAUGGACUCGUACUGGCGCGCCACGCACCCGCCGGUGAAGUCGCCACCGGCGAGCAUACAGCGGCCCAUACCGAGCCCGCGCGGAUCGCCGCGGAUGGAGCACUCGGGACUGCCGCGGCACGGCGGGCAGAACGUCCACCACGAAUCUCACUACGGCGGCUUUGAUCGGGAGCGGGACGACCGAGGGGUGUACCAGGGCCACGGGCGUCACGACGAGCCCCCGGAGGAGGAGUACGAGGAGGAGCUGAUGGAGUACCCCUCUGACCGGAGGAGGCCGGUACCGCCAGUCGGCGUCCACCACGGGCCGGGCCGGAGUCGCGGCCCUCCGCCACACCGCUCCGCAGACACCUACAGCCCGUCUCCGCCGCCGCAGACCUCCUCCCGGCGCGCGCUCAACGUGUAGCCGGAGAUGCGGACCCGGAGAACUCUGCCCGCCCUCCGGCCUGGUCCAGGUCCAGUACGGCCAGCUGCUGCUGCCAACAGCGACAUCUGUGGACCGCCGAGGAGGCUCAGCUUCGCUCGCAGCCGGCAGAGGGGUCUCUCAGCCAGCCUGGCGGUACGCUCCGUGAAGUAUCGCGGAGCAGCUGGCUGAGAAGUCAGGUCAGGUCAGGUCAGACCUGGCCGGCUCGAACAGCUGCGGGCCCCUGUGAAUGCAUACCUGCCCAGCUCUCUAUAUAUCCAGCGUCUCCGCGCCGGUGAAUGUUGUCGCCUUUCGAGCCUCAGCGGAGCAUACUACCGCAUCUACCCGGGGGCCCUGCGAAGCUUCAGCCGACUCGCGGACUCUACCAUACUCUCCUCAGGGAUGGGGCCGGGCGGAGCGCGGAGCCUGCUGGCCGGGAGGAGCGCGGCUGAACCCACGGAGACGCCUCGCGUCGGAUCGGAGGGCGUGGCGCCGGCCGGCAGCGGGAGACUGAGACAGCGAGCGCCACAGUGAGAUUCCGCCGCACGCCGAGCUGGGGACUGGCACACACCGACCAGCGUGCCGCAGUGACGUGCCGACGGUGCCACCCAGACGCAGUGAUGACGUCACAGUGACGUGGUGAUGACGCAAUAGGCGGGACGGCGGCGACCGCUGCCGCUGUGACCGGCGGCGGCGGGGUCAGGUAUAAUGCCAUGCAUUGGGAGCCGGGGGACGCCCGCCGGCGCCUGAAGGACGCCACGGUUCCACUAACGGGUUCUAUUCUUGACCAAAUAUCUUGUUAUUGAAUUAUGCACAAAUGGCCUGUCCCGUGUACAUAGUAACCGAAUGUAAAUUCAGUUUUCGUAUUCGAUUGCCUUUACAUCAGCUGUCGUACCGUUUUGGAAUUGGCCAACCCCUCUCGGCGUGCGUCUGGCAACGUUCUCAGCCGUUAAUCGCGUGUGAUAUUUCUGAGCUGUUUUUCGUGUUUUCAGAGCAGUGUUUGCGCGUGUGUUGGCAUGUUCGGGCAGUGAUUGGAGACACAGCCGGUGCCCUACAGUUCGGGCGUCCAGCGCCCGUCUUGAUCAGAUAUUUUGCAUCAGAGCUAUUUAUGUACGCUGCAUAACUCCACAGAACCUCUCUGAACCAGCUGCCUGAGUACUGGACCUCCACGCCGCGAGCCGGUGCGCCCCUUGGGCGAACGGCAGCCAGCAACACGAGAUCCUUCUGAGGUCCUUCAAACGAUCCUAGCCUCCAGGAGACCUCCUGAUGAGCAUCAGGAGACUCUGACGACGCAUGGCACCUCUCGCCUCGCGUGUCUCGGUCAUGGUACAGGCUUUCCCUCGCUCACCUCCCACCAACACUCACAGACACACCUCCACACCCACACAUUAUUUGUUUGGCGUGUCUAUCUAUAGCGUUGUUUUCAUUGUUUUCGAAACAAUUAUAUUCGAUAUGCCAA